AUGGUAUUUUUCGUCCCACAACUCUACGACGAUUCGACGUCGGUCACCAAGCAAUAUGUGGAUCAAGUGGUCGCAUCCCAAGCCGUCGCCAAAGUCAAUAAGGCCGGUGAUACAAUGGUCGGUGAUUUGACCGUCCCCGAUGUCAAUACUGGCAAGAUUAGUGCUCCCGAUGGAACAGAUAUGAUUGAUGUGAGUGACCCUGCACGAGUGGAUAUUCUACCCAGUAUUAUUUAUCUUCCCGGCAUGACUGCCAAUGCCAGUGGUGCGGUUGGAACGACGUUGAUUCGAACUCCGGCCGGCUAUAUGAACACUAAAAAUUAUACGAAUUCCAACACGGCGGACGCAUUAGUGUGCCGAGAUUCCUACGGUAAUUUUUCGGCUGGCGGUGUCGUGUUUCAAUUGUGUCAGACAAACGACUUAAAUGUGUCCGGAACCGCCAGUCUCCCGGCUAACACAACCGCGAAUUCGCUGAUUGUGGGUGGAGACGUCACAUUGAACGGCCAAACUGCAAGCUCCGUGAUGGCAACUGACGCCUCGAAAAAGAUUACCUCGUUAAAUUACAAUCAAUCCAAUCAAGCCAAUUCGCUCGUGUAUCGAGACGCGAGUGGUAAUUUUGGAACGAAUGCGAUCAAUGUCGGGACCUUGCAAGUGUCGGGAUUGACGGCGAAUCAAGCGGUCGUGACGAAUGGAUCGAAACAACUGACGAGUUUGGGAUAUGAUGCAUCUAUGUCGGGUAGCACCCUUGUACAACGCAAUGUAAAUGGAGACAUCGACGCCAAUCUCGGCUCUUUCGUUGCAUGUAAUGUGGCGGGCUUCACUUCACUUGGAACGGGAAAUGUCGGCAUCAAAAUGGCCGUCUUCACUGGAACGACUUCUGGCUCAGCCAGUGGGACUACUGCGCAGAACAUUACGAUUGACAAGACUAAGAUUGUGAGAACAUCCGGUAACUCGGUAUCCAUUUCGACCUUCACCGCGCCAAAGCAACACGAGCUGGACUUCAUUUUGCGUAAUAAUGCAGAUCUCGAAGCAAAGCUCAACGCCAACUUUAACGACUUUAUGACGGCCGGGAUUCCGGUCAAUAAACGGACGAAUCUCGAUUUGAUCAACAUUUUGUAUUAUAUUUCGUUGUUCGUCAAUUCCACCCAAGAGCUUCGAGUUCGCAGUAUCGAUGCCCAAAUUUCCAUUGCAUUAGACUUUUUCGAGCGUUUUUGCCACCAACAUGAAAUUUCCCUUGGGAAGUACAAGGUCGAUGCCCAUUUUACGUUAUGCAUCCGUCCCCCGGAAGAUCCAUUGUAUCAGAUCACCUCGUAUUUUCUUAACAAUUUCUCGAGUGUCCCUCCGGUCGCUGAACGUGUAUCCACUGAUAGUGUAAAACGCGGUGGAUCGUUGCGAGUGAAACUGUCAAAAAAGACGUGA